AUGAAUAAUAAAAGAAAGAGCAAGUCUCAUAUGUCUUCACUAGAAAUUGUCAAAUCUAAUACUACAACUGUUCAAAAGACUGCCAUCAAAAGGCCAUUCAAUCAAUUCCGAGCCGGAGAGAGCCAGAUCGCCGCUGAUGCCACGAACCGUAAUGAAUUUUCACGACCACUUCUUCACAAAAGUAGUAGCACACCCACACCAUUGAUAGCCGGUCAGAUUAUCAACGCAAGUGACAAGCAUCAAAUAAGCCAUUCCUUUCGAGAUAAUCUCGCUUUAACUCCAGGUCCGGACACAGAUCCAAAAUUAAAUUUAGCACACGCAGUCUAUGGACUUCCGACUCAACUCGUUCAGAAUCUAGCUAAACUUGGUAUCAAUUCAAUUUAUCCAUGGCAGUCAGAGUGUCUUCUGGAAAGCGGUGCAUUGGAUGGAAAAACAAAUCUUGUUUACAGCGCGCCUACUGGUGGCGGUAAAUCUCUUGUCGCAGAUGUUCUGAUGCUUAAGAAUAUAGUGGAAAAUCCUGGAAAGAAGGCUCUUCUCGUCUUGCCAUAUGUGGCCCUUGUGCAAGAGAAGAUAAGGUGGCUGAGAAAGGUCGUUAAUGGCAUGGUGAAACCACCACACCCUUGUGAGGAUAAGAAGCGGUCAUCUUUAUGGCAAAAACGUGGCGACGAGGAAUCAUUCAACAUAGUAGGGUUUUUUGGUGGUAGCAAAUCAAAGGCAAUAUGGUCAGACUUUGAUAUUGCUGUGUGCACUAUAGAAAAAGCAAACUCUCUCAUAAAUGCAGCUAUUGAAGAAACCUCGACUGAUUUACCAGCUGUGAUAGUUAUGGAUGAGCUUCAUAUGCUUGAUGACGAAAAUAGGGGCUAUAUACUUGAGUUAAUGGCCACCAAAAUUCUAAGCCUAAAUGAAGAUGUACAACUUAUUGGCAUGAGUGCCACAUUAAAUAACCCAGAACUACUUGCUGCAUGGCUCCAGGCGAAAUUUUACAUCUCCCAGUAUAAACCCAUACCAAUUGAGGAACACUUGGUAUUUGACAAUAAUAUUUAUCCAGCAGGAACUUCAAGUAUGUUUUGUAAGACAGCAAUUCAACUUACGGCGUCUCAGCGCCAAAAUUCUCUAUCACAGGUUCGUCCUCUUCCAUGUAGAAUAAUAAACCAAUCGAAAUGUCUAGAACUCAAAAAUCCUGUGUUAAACUCUGUUGUCUCACUAGCAAAUGAAACUGCUAGAGCAGGAUACGGUGCAUUGGUAUUUUGCAGCAGUCGUGUCGGAUGCGAAAAAAAUGCUUUGUUGAUAAGCUCCGUACUACCUCAGUUGAAUGAUACAAACCCUGAUAUUAUGGAGAAACGCUUAGAUUUACUCAAUAACUUGCGUACAACUGCUGUGGGCCUAGAUCAUACUCUGGAAAAUACUGUUCCUACAGGUGUGGCAUUUCAUCAUGCUGGUCUAACUUCGGAAGAGCGAGACUUGAUUGCCACGGCUUACGAUCAGGGUAUACUAAAGGUUCUUGUCGCCACAUGUAGCUUAGCUGCGGGUAUCAACUUACCAGCAAGAAGGGUUAUCUUACACGGAGCUCGUAUGGGCGCUGAACUUAUCGGGCCUUCGUUACUGCGUCAGAUGAAAGGCAGAGCUGGCCGUAAAGGGAAAGACGAAGUCGGUGAAACGUACCUAUGCUGUCAAAAGAGUGACAUUGAAGCUGUAUCUGAGCUCAUGGAAGCUGAUAUACCCAAGAUCGAGAGCUGUCUCGUACCAAGCAAACGAGAUAGUAGGGCUUUACUCGAGGUAGUAGGCAUAAAACUCGCCACUAGUAAGGGAGCUAUCGAUGAAUUUAUCAAAAACACCCUCUUAUAUCAUACAAUGAGUUCAUCGGAUCUCUCAGACAUGAUUGAAUCAUGCUUGCAAGAGCUUUCAAGUGAUGGCUUGGUCAAAAAAACUGAAAAUGAAGACGAAUACAAACCUACUCUCCUAGGAGGAGCUGUUGUAGCUUCUUCUCUAACUCCUGAAGAUGGAAUUUUUGUUUACUGCGAACUAAAGAAAGCUAACCAAGCCUUUGUAAUGGAUGGAGAGAUGCACGUGCUCUAUCUAUUUACACCUAUUCAUUCCUCUCAACAGAAUAUUAACUGGCAAAAUUUCCGCAAAGAAAUCGAGAAAUUUGAUGAAAGUAAUCUCCGUGUACUUAAUUUCGUAGGCCUAAAGCCCGUGUUCAUAAACAAAAUGGCGCAGGGUGGGGUCAUGAAGGAAUCAACGCCACAAGAAAUAGAGACUGCACGAAUUUAUAGGCGCUUCUACACUGCUCUUCAAUUACGAGACCUCUGCAAUGAAAUACCAAUCCAUUCUGUGGCACGGAAAUAUAAUAUUCCACGCGGCAAUGUGCAAACCCUUGCGCAGACAUGUCAUGGCUUUGCAGCUGGGAUGAUAAAAUUUUGUGAGCGUAUGGGGUGGGGAGCUCUUCGUGCAGUGUUGGAUCACUUUAGUGAUCGUCUCAAAGCUGGUGCUAAAUGCGAUUUGCUAGCAUUGGCAGAAGUAAAAUUCGUUAAAAGCAAAACAGCAAGGAUCUUUUGGGACAACGGGUUUAAAUCUGUUGGUGCACUAGCCGCUGCCGAUGUUCAAGAGAUAUUGACUAUCCUACUUAUGGCACAGCCUAGAAAGCCAAGAACAAGUGCGUUUGAAGAAGAAAGGUACGUGAAAAAAAUCCGAAGCAAAGCCGAGAUUAUCUCAGCUUCAGCAAAUAAAAUUUGGGAGAAGCAGAUGCAGCAAGAGCUUGACUUGGAAGAUGAAUAUGAAUAA